UCCUACAAGCUGAUGUCCUUUAUACUCCCUAUGAUAAAAUCGGAAAAAUUACAUAUUUAUUUUGCCUUACUGUUGUAGAUGUAGCUUCACGUUUUAAAUGGGCUGAGCCUAUUGGAACUACACUUGAUACAAAUGAUGAUUACUUUUCUCUGGAGGGCAUUUUAACUUCAGCCGUGAUUGCAGAAUGUUUUGAGAAAAUUUUUAACAAUCCGAAAUGCCCUCUUAUGUGGCCAAAAUUAUUAAUAACGGAUAAGGGCUCUGAAUUUAAGGGCGAUUGUGAGAGGCUAUUUUUGAAAAAUGGCGUAAAAAUUCAGAAGGCUAAUUCGAAAC